UGGUGAUUUUCUACUGGAGGAGGAAGAGGAGGAGGCUUGAGCUAGGCAAUGACCCUAUACAAAGGCCUAAAGAUGACCCUUCUGCUGGCCCAGCUCAGCCUUUUCAACCUAAUGUUACUUCUUCUGAACAGUUCUCAACAACAGAUAUGGGUUCAGCAAGACCUUCAAUACCAGCUCCCGGCAUGGCAUUAAGUCUUUCGCAGAGUACAUUCACGUAUGAAGAGCUAAAAAUAGCAACAGAUGGUUUCUCCAAUGUCAACCUACUCGGGCAAGGUGGUUUUGGCUAUGUUCAUAAGGGAGUGCUUUCGAGUGGGAGAGUAGUUGCAAUCAAGCAGUUAAAAGCUGGAAGUGGACAAGGAGAGAGAGAAUUUCAAGCGGAGGUUGACAUCAUCAGCUGCAUCCAUCACAGACACCUUGUUUCCCUUGUUGGUUACUGCAUUUCUGGUGCUCAGAGAAUUCUUGUAUAUGAGUUCGUUCCAAAUGGCACACUGGAAUCUCAUUUGCAUGGGAAGGAUCGCCCAACUAUGGCUUGGCCUACAAGAAUGAAGAUUGCUUUAGGUUCUACAAGAGGGUUGGCAUAUUUACAUGAGGACUGUAAUCCCAAAAUUAUUCAUCGUGACAUCAAGGGUUCUAAUAUUCUUCUAGACUUCAAUUUUGAGGCAAAGGUUGCAGAUUUUGGACUUGCAAAGAUUGCUUUUGAUACAGAUACUCAUGUAUCGACUCGAGUAAUGGGAACUUUCAGCUACUUGGCUCCGGAGUAUGCCUCCAGUGGGAAGCUCACUGACAAAUCGGAUGUCUUUUCUUUUGGAGUUGUGCUUCUAGAGUUGAUAACCGGGCGUCGUCCAAUUGACAAGACUCGACCCUUUGUUGAAGAUAGCAUGGUUGAUUGGGCAAGGCUAGAAGAUGGCAAAUUUGAUGCCAUUGUUGAUCCAAAAUUGCACAAGGAUUACGCUACCGAGGAAAUGACUCGGACGAUUGCGUGUGCUGCUGCUUGCGUUUGUCAUUCUGCACGACACCGUCCACGAAUGACACAGGUUGUUCGAGCAUUGGAAGGAUACCUCUCUCUGAGCGAUUUAAAUGAAGGAAUUGUGCCCGGACAUAGCAUAGCAUAUAGUCCUCAUGGAAGCUCAGAUGAUGACACCAGUCAAUACCAGGAGGAUUUAAAGAAAUUUAGGAUGAUGGCCUUGGAAAGCCAAGAACAAGCCACAAGCGAGUAUAGUGGCCUCACAAGUGAGUAUGGCCUUCAUCCAUCCAGCUCAAGCAGUGGGUUUCAACAGACUACCCAAGAGAUGGACUUGGGGAAAAUGGCAGAGGAUGGUCGUAUUGCUAAUGAAGGCUCGGAGUAUUAAUAUUAACCGAGAGGCUGGGCCCUACUUCCACAGUUCCAUGUUUUGUCUGCGAGAUCUGUGCUUUGAGGAGAAGCAUCUUCCGGAAGAAAAAGUUCAUGC